GUAUCCUUGUAUUGUUCUAUUUGAUUCAAUCCAUAUAAGAGGAUGCGAACUGUGAGCCUAAAACAUUAGAAAGCAGAACAAGAAUGAGAGACCCCAAAAUUGUUCUUGUGACUGGCUGUGCCAAGGGUGGCAUUGGCUACGAGUACUGCAAGGCAUUCGCGGAGAACAAUUGCCGCGUCUUCGCCUCCGACAUCUCAACGCGGAUACAAGACAUGUCAGACUUGGAAUCAGACGGCAUAGAGGCACUAGAGCUUGAUGUCUGUUCUGAUCAAAGUGUGAAUUCAGCACUGGAUACUGUUAUAUCCAAAUGCGGCCGCAUAGACAUUCUCAUAAACAAUGCUGGAAUAGGUGGUACGGGGCCUAUGGCCGAGUUGCCACUCGACACAAUCAGAAAGGCUUGGGAAAUCAACACUCUGGGGCAGCUAAGAAUGGUGCAACAUGUUGUACCUCACAUGGCAACGCAACGAAGCGGAAGUAUAGUGAAUGUUGGAAGUGUGGUUGGCAAAGUUUCAACCCCAUGGGCAGGGUCUUAUUGUGCUAGCAAGGCUUAUGUGCAUGCAAUGUCACAUAGUUUGCGCCUAGAAUUGAAGCCAUUUGGGAUCAAUGUGAUUCUAGCUUUACCAGGGUCUGUGAGAUCCAAUUUAGGGAAGGCUAAUUUGGAGAGAUUAGGGGAUUAUGAGUGGAAGCUUUAUAAGGACUUUAAAGAUGUUAUUAUGGAGCGUGCUAGAGCUUCUCAGGGUGAGAAAGCAACAGAUGGUAGAGUUUUUGCUAGACAUGUUGUUAAGAAAGUUUUAGCCCCUAAUCCACCAAAGGAAAUUUCUUUUGGUCACAUGACUGGUUUGUUUACCUUGCUUUCAUCGUCUCCUCUGUGGGUGAGAGACAUGUUUUUCUCCAAGCGUUUCGGCCUAAACAGAAAGGUUUAUUUGUGAUCAAACUCUUGUUCCACUGUUUACUGUUGUUUAGGUAAA